GGGCAGCCCGGCGGGGUUUGGGCGCUGCACCGCGGCAAGAUGGCGGACAGGGAGGAGGCGCUGAGGGAGUUCGUGGCCGUGACCGGCGCCGAGGAGGAGCGAGCGCGGUUCUUCCUCGAGUCCGCCGGCUGGGACCUACAGAUUGCACUCGCCAGUUUCUAUGAGGACGGGGGUGAUGAAGACAUCCUGACCCUUCCCCAGCCCACACCCAGCUCCAUAUCCAGAGGCACUGGAGCCAGUGACCAUCGAGUAACCUCGUUCAGAGACCUUGUGCAUGCACAGGAGGAGGAUGAUGAAGAGGAGGAGGGACAGCGGUUUUAUGCUGGUGGCUCAGAGAGAAGUGGCCAGCAGAUCGUGGGUCCUCCGAGGAAGAAGAGUCCCAACGAGCUGGUGGAGGAUCUGUUCAAGGGAGCCAAGGAACACGGCGCAGUGGCGGUCGAUCGGACGGCCAAGAGCAGUGGCGAGACGAGCAAGCCAAAGCCUUUUGCAGGGGGAGGAUAUCGCCUUGGGGCUACUCCAGAGGAGGAGUCGGCUUAUGUGGCAGGAGAGAGGAGACAGAACUCUUCUCAGGAUGUGCACGUUGUACUGAAGCUCUGGAAGAGUGGAUUUAGUCUGGAUAGUGGAGAGCUGAGGAGCUACCAGGAUCCGUCCAAUGCCCAGUUCCUCGAUGAUAUCCGCAGAGGAGAAGUCCCAGCUGAACUGCGCAGGUUAGCACGGGGUGGACAGGUGAACCUGGACAUGGAAGAUCACCGUGAUGAGGAGUAUGUGAAACCUAAAAGUGUCUUCAGAGCUUUUACUGGAGAAGGACAGAAGCUGGGCAGCACCGCACCCCAGGUGAUGGGCACCAGCUCACCAGCCCAGCAGGCAGAGAACGAAGCCAAAGCCAGUUCUGCCAUCGUGAUCAAUGAGUCUGAGCCCAUCACCAACAUCCAGAUCCGGCUUGCUGACGGCGGGCGCCUGGUCCAGAAGUUCAACCACAGUCACAGGAUCCGUGACAUCCGGCUCUUCAUAGUAGAUGCUCGGCCAGCGAUGGCUGCCACCAGCUUCGUCCUCAUGACCACCUUCCCCAAUAAAGAGCUGACUGAUGAGAACCAGACCCUGAAGGAAGCCAACCUGCUCAACGCUGUCAUCGUUCAGCGGUUGACAUAAAGGACCCCAGCUCUGGCCACACAACCGCGGGGCCGUCUCCUCCCGCGCGUGUGCCGGUGCCGCGCCACGCAGGCCCACAUCUGCUCCUAGCUCUGGGUUCUUAGGUCUUGGUUGGACUUUUUCUCUUUAGUUGCAUUUCCCAUGGGUUUUUUUUGUGAUGAUGAUGAUGAUGAUGAUGAUCAGUGGACUUUAAAAUAAAUAAACGAAACGAAUUCGUUUGGAAAGGAGCUGCAGCCUCUUGUGCCCCAGAUUCCCCCAGAAGAGUCCAGUUACCUUGUGGAUUGAGUUACUGCACUCAGAGAGGGGAGGAGGGCAAGGGGGAAGGGAGCUCCAGGGAGCAGUUUCUGUCAGUGGACUGCUCACCACAGUCUUUUCUCUUCCCUGCAAUGACUACUAUAAAGUACUCCCUUUUUUCCCCCCACAUUAAAUAUAAACUGUCUGAGAAUGGGUGAUCUGAUUGUCAGGAUAAUGGUUAGACUCCUGUAAAAGCAUUGUGGGGGAAGUCUUUGUGAAAGAGCUCCAUGUGGGGAGAGGUGCAAGGUUUAACACUCCUGUGCUUUUCUGGAGAGAAAUCCCUGACUUUCCUUCUCUCAGCAGAACUCUGGGUACUCAUUGCAGUCCCCACCUGUUCUGCCUUUGCUUUUUAUGACAGGCCAGACUGGCUACAGGUUUAAAUUGCUGUACUGCAUUUCUCUGAGAAACUCUGCUUCCGACUUCUUUCCAAUAAGGCACAAAACUGAAUCAGCUUGAAGUGACUGGAAGUAAAAGGCAAACAGAAUCUGUCUUACUGGAAA